CCCCACGCCCAUCCUUCCCGACUCGCGUCGCGGGCGAGCGUGAGCAAAGCGAAGCCUCGCCUCGCCUCAGUUGGAACGGGCGAAAUGGCUCUUGUGGUCGUGGAAUUUUCUCCCGUCGAAGUGAUUUGCUUUUGGGAAUCAUCAGUUACCGUACCCUCUCGUGUAAAGCGAAGAUCUUGCAAUCGUUGAGUGGUCCGCCGUGUUUCGAAACUUUCGUGAAGUAAUGUUAGAAGAAAAUCCGAAGAUGUUGUGUGAAGUGGGUCCUGUGCGCACAACGUGGGAAUCAAGGGAGAGGAGAAAACGUCAUCGUCGAGGGAAGAAGCGGCUCGUAGGCAGAACUGCGGCGGUGCACCCGCCUGACCUGCAUUUGAGUAAGUCUGGCGGGGAAAGGGGAACUGAUGAGGACUCAUUUGAGUCGGGGUCGGAGAUGAGUGUUUUGGGGUCUCUUACCCCUAAACAUGUAGGCAACCAGCGUCCCCCUCAGCCGUCAUUACGACCUAUCAUCGUCCCAAAGGCUCCUGAGAACUCUACACAGUUCUUGAUCGACGAUCACGAAGAUUCCACCCAGUUCCUUAAUUUUGAGGACAGUUACAAAUCCCCUGCGUGGUGUGGGCCUAUGGAUGACCCAGAUGCGUAUUUCCCCACUGAUUGUGAUGAAGAUAAAGAUGCGUUCAGUCAUAUGUAUUAUAUGCGUGAUUUUGAGUCAGAGUACCAAAGUGCACGGGAAGAAGUCUUGCUAGAUUGGUCAAGAGAAAUGCUUUUUGAAGAAAUACAAAAACUGGAGCAAAAAGCCCAAUCACUCGAAGAGCUUCUGAACAUGCGCGACCCGUACAAGUACCUCUCAAGUCUUCAGGAGAAACUGAUUCGCCUCCAAGAAGAAAAUAGACGCUUGCAAGCAGCUCUGCAAUCUGACAGGAGCAGCAGCAGCAAUCCAACAUCUGAUGAAGACGUGAGCCCCUGCCAACGGCAACGUGCAGAUACUGCAUCCGACUUGGUGAUGGUAGUGGCCCCAUUGUCCCUUCAAGAUGGAUCUCUCAAGAGCGAUUCUGUCCACACUAGUCAGUCUUUGAUUGACUCUCACCAUCGUCCAGUGGCAGAGGUGGAAUCUUAACUGUCAAAGCUUUCCAUUUCAGAUUUCAGUGAUAGGGUUUGUGAGUAUAUUUUAUUUACAAAAUUGUCAAGUUUCUUUCAACCCUAACAUAUUUGACUGCAAUGUGAUAUUCAUUCUGUUACUCUGCAAUGAACAACAAAAUAAAAGAUGACGCUUAUUAUCUAUAUGACUGUACAUUGUAUAUAGCGGUACCCAAAUGAAUGCAAUUGGUCUCAUUGUUGGAACUUUGGUGUGGCUCACAGUCAUUCAAUGAUUUUUUACCAAUUACACCUGUGAUUCUUCUUAGUUUUCCUCUUUUGUCAAAUGAGUGGACAUAUUUAGGCUAGCUUACUGUAUUUUCGGUGUACAUAAUUAUUAUAUAAGCGAAAAUUGGAUAUUUUGUUCAAGUGCACAUAAAAUUAGCUUCUGUUGGAAUACCCAAAUACUGCUGUGUCCUUUGCUUGAUAAUGAUGUGCCCAGGCAAAAUGAUUAUCUUUUUGAGGUAUCUUUAGCUUAUCUGCUGGUAAUGAGGAGGUUCAGAAACUCAUGUACGGAAAUGUUUUGUCAUGAUAUGUUACCUUUAUUUCUUUUUCAUACUACUGUCUGUAUUUCAUUGUUUUCUAUACUGUUGUUUCUCUAAAUUGAUAAUUAGUGUAGACAUGUCACACAUUGGUCUAUUCUGAUUUUUUUUUUUUUUUUUGAAAUGUUUAAAUUGAUUAUGUUGUCUCAGAAUGAAAGAAAUUAUCCAGCCAAAAUCACUUUCCUUUCAGUAUUGACAAUAAAUGUAAGAUUGGCCAUAAUUGUGUAAGUCAGUUUACAUAUUACAUUUAAAUGUGAAGAGACUGAUCAUUUUAAAUUAUUUAUUUAUUUUUCAAAACAAAAGAAACAAAAAAAAAAUAUCAUUUGAAAGUAUGUACCUGUGGAACAGUGAUGACCUCUGAUUGAUUUGUUGGCAAAAUUCUCAUUGUUCUUGAAUAAUUAUUUUGAGAAGUCCAAAUUAUGAGUGGCUGUUAAGUCUCUGUGGGUUUAGCAGCAUUUGCAUUUAGAAUUUUAUCAUUCUGCUGACGGGAUCUCCUGAUACAGUUGUUCUUUUCCUUAUUAUUUGAUCUGCAUCUCGAUUUGUGUCCUUAGGGUAGCGUUUGUUUAUCCCGUAGUAUUUUAAGUGAAAAGGAAGGUUGGUGGUCUGUGAUGCAGUAGUCUUAGUUUUAGUCCUUACCAUGUUACUCCUACAACUAACUCGGCCUUUACUUUGAUCUUGCUGUUGCUUCACCCUUUAUUGAGUGUUCUCUUCAUUUUUUGACUGGAUUUUUUACACAUGCUUGUAUGGCUUCGAUUGUGGAGCUGAACUAUGCAAUCCUGGUGAAUUAAAUUAUGUUCAUUGUGUUAUUUAUUUUGUUUACUUUUGCCCACUGUGUGUUGUAAAAACAGUAUCAAAGAAUAGGUUUGAAAACCCAGUGGAUUUCUACUUCACUUUUGCACCUUGUCUUUUUUUCAUUAAUUUUUUUUGCGUUUUUCGAAGCAUAGAAAUGAAUUUGGAAAGCUGAAAAAAGUACUAAGGUGUACCUCAUGAGAAAAUUAAAUGUUCCUUUCAUUAUGAUGUAUUAUUGUUUGUUUCAUUUGGUUUGUCUUCUGUCUAAUUUUGCCUGUUUUAAUGUUCAAAUUUAUCAAAUUAACAUGUCAGAAGAUCUAGUGUGUGUUUUUAUGCAUCACAUCUUGUUUUCAGCACCACAUGAAACAAAUUUUUAGUUUGUCUUUGCUUUGCUAAGUGUCCUCUUCUGAUUCCUCUUUAUAAGUUGGCAUGCAGGAACCCAUCUCUCUGAAAAUGUAUGUUUGAAAUCUCCAUAUUAUGUGACAGUUCUUUGUUGCAAGACUCUAGAGCUUUUAUUGUUGAAGAAGUAUUUUAUUCCUCUGUUACUGUUUGAUGAAAUGUGUUUUCUGGGUUUGUGUUCUAUCUCUUCCUAUGCUUUCUUAUUGAUUCUUCUCAACAGUGGAAAGAAAAUUGUUCCCCCAGAUAAAAAUUGACCUGUACGAAAAGCCAUGUACAUAAUAUGUAUAAAAUGUAAUCAGAAGAGCAUGAAAUGUUGGAUACAUAUUGUUUGGGUAAGGACUAUGUUAUUUAGCGUUAAAUCCCUUUAUUUUAAGUGUGAGACCUUUUAAUAAUAAACAUAGAUGCGUUCA